GCAGCUCUGCACAGGUGGAAAACACCUGACAGAUUCAAACUUCAGAGUUCAGAGUCCAUGUCGACGUGGACGGAGCAGCAGAGGAGACCAGGUGAAUACUCGGCUUCACAAAUCACAUCUGGACCACAAUGUUGGCAUCAGGUUAGAGGAGACUCAGCUUCAGGUCUGUCUCAUUAUUCAAAGAUGGUCAGUGUUUCUGGUUCAUGUCUCUGAAUAACUGAAGUCCAGAAGAUGGAUGAUUGUGUGGAGAAAGAGGAGGAGAGACCAGAGUCUCCAGGAUCCAGCUGUCUGUCUAUGAAGAGUGACCGGUCCAAAGAUUAUCCUCUAAACUUCAGUAAAGAACCUGGACCAUCAGACACAAAAGGUCGGUACCGCAGUCAGAGACCAGAGUCUCCAGGAUCCAGCUGUUUGUCUAUGAAGAGUGACCGGUCCAAAGAUUAUCCUCUAAACGUCAGUAAAGAACCUGGACCAUCAGACACAAAAGGUCGGUACCACAGUUGGAGACCAGAGUCUCCAGGAUCCAGCUGUUUGUCUAUGAAGAGUGACUGGUCCAAAGAAGAUCCUCCAGACUUCAGUAAAGAACCUGGACCCUCAGACACAAAAGGGAGGAAGAGCAGAGGAGUUUGUGUGGAGGAGCAGCCGUCCUGCUGUCCUUUGAGUCAGGACGUCCUGAAGGAUCCAGUCUCUAGCAGCUGUGGACACUGGUUCUGCAGACGCUGCAUGAGCUCAUACUGUGACCAGUCUGCUCCACCAGGACCGUAUUCCUGUCCCCAGUGUGGAAAAAGAUCCAGAACCAGAGCUGGACUGCAGACAGCCAGUCAGAGCAGAACUGUACCAGCAGAUGCUGGUCUGCAGGAGGUCAGAGAUGAACACAAGACCAGUCUGAGGAGGAGAUGUGAACAUGUGACUGAAGGAAUUGAUGAAACAGAAAGUGGAACCGCCCUCAACAGGAUCUACACGGAGCUCUUCAUCACAGAGGGACUAAGUGAAGAGGUUGAUACCCAACAUGAGGUGAUGCAGCUGGAGACAGCUUCCAGGAUGAAGAGCCUCCAUGACACUCCAAUCAGGUGCCAGGACAUCUUUAAAGCCUUACCUGACCAACGUAGAGCCAUCAGAGUGGUUCUGACGAACGGUGUCGCUGGCGUUGGGAAAACCUUCUCGGUUCAGAAGUUCUCUCUGGACUGGGCCGAGGGCUCGGAGAACCAAGACGUCACCGUGGUGAUUCUGCUCUCGUUCAGGGAGCUGAACCUGAUCAGAGAUGAGCAGUUCAGUCUUCUCAGGCUGAUCCAGGUUUUCCAUCCAUCGUUACAGAAGCUCACAGCAGAGCAGCUGGCUGCCUGGAAACCGUUGUUCAUCUUUGACGGCAUGGAUGAAAGCAGACGUUCACUGGACUUCAGCAACGGUCCGGUCGUGUCUGACGUCACACAGAGCUCAUUGGUCAACGUGCUGCUGACCAACCUCAUCCAGGGGAACCUGCUUCCCUCAGCUCUCAUCUGGAUCACUUCCAGACCUGCAGCAGCCAAUCAGAUCCCUCACAAACACGUGGACAGGGUGACAGAAGUACGAGGCUUCACCGACGGCCAGAAGGAGGAAUACUUCAGGAGGAGGUUUAGGGAUGAAGAGCGGUCCAGCAGCAUCGUCUCCCACAUGAAGACAUCCAGAACCCUCCACAUCAUGUGUAAACUCCCGGUCUUCUGCUGGAUCACUGCUACAGUUCUGGACCACAUGUUGACCACAGAGCAGAGAGGAGAGCUACCCAAGACCCUGUCUGACAUGUUCUCCCACUUCCUGGUGGUCCAGACGAAGAGGAAGAAGAACAAGUACCAGGAGGGACAUGAGACGAGUCCACAGGAGCUGACGGAGGCUGACAGGGACCUUCUCCUGAAGCUGGGGAGGCUGGCGUUUGAACAUCUGGAGAAAGGAAACAUCAUGUUCUACCAAGAAGACCUGGAGCAGUGUGGUCUUGAUGUCCCAGAGGCCUCGGUGUACUCAGGUGUUUGUACCCAGAUCUUCAGGAGAGAGUGUGAGAUCUUCCAGAAACCUGUCUACUGCUUUGUUCAUCUGAGCAUCCAGGAGUUCCUGGCUGCAGUCUACGUGCUCCACUGUUGCCCCACCAGAAACACAAAUGUGCUGGAGAACUUCCUCGGAGGAAACAGAUGCUCAUCUCUGGAUGACUUCCUGGAGAGAGUCAUGCAGAAAUCCCUGAAGAGUAAAAAUGGCCACCUGGACCUGUUUGUUCGCUUCCUUCAUGGUCUUUCUGUGGAGUCCAACCAGAGACUGUUAGGAGGUCUGCUGAACCAGACGGAGAACGAUCCAGGAACCAUCCGGAGAAUCAUCAACAACCUGAAGAAGAUGAACACUUAUGAAAUCUCUCCUGACAGAAGCAUCAACAUCUUCCAGUGUCUGAUGGAGAUGAACGACCUCUCAGUUCAUCAGGAGAUCCUAGAGUUCCUGAAGUCAGAGAACAGAUCAGAGGAGGAACUCUCUGAUAUCCAGUGUUCAGCUCUGGCCUACAUGCUGCAGAUGUCGGAGGAGGUUCUGGAUGAGUUGGACCUGAGCAAGUACAACACAACAACAUGGAGGGGUCGACUGAGACUGAUUCCAGCUGUGAGGAACUGCAGAAAGGCUCGAUUUGUCAAUUGUUGGCUCUCAGAGACUCACUGUGAAGUUGUUGCGUCCGCUCUGAAGUCCAACCCCUCCCAUCUGACAGAACUGGACCUGAGUCUGAACCAGGACCUGCAGGAUUCAGGAGUGAAGUUUCUGUCUGGUGGACUGGAGAGUCCAAACUGUAGACUGGAGACUCUGAGGUUGAAGAACUGCAGUUUGUCAGAGAUCAGCUGUUCUUCUCUGGUCUCAGCUCUGAAGUCCAACCCCUCCAACCUGAAACAUCUGGACCUGAGCUGGAACCAGCUGCAGGAUUCAGGAGUGAAAGAUCUUUGUGAUUUCCUGGAGAGUCCAGACUGCAGACUGGAGACUCUGAGUUUGGACUUCUGCAGGUUGUCAGAGACCAGCUGUUCUUCUCUGGUCUCAGCUCUGAAGUCCAACCGCUCCCAUCUGAAACAUCUGGACCUGAGAUCCAACAACCUCAAGGAUGCAGAUGUGGAGCAGCUGUCUGAUCUGGUGGAGAGUCCAGACUACCAGCUGCAGACUCUCAGAAUAAAAUGAACCAAACAGAGGACGGUGGACCAGGUGGACGUUCUUGGUUCUUCUUCAUCGUCUGUUUUUUCACUGCAGUGGUGGCUGGCCACCAGCAGAAGUGACACACUACUGCCACCUAGUGGUCCUGAGCAGGACUUUGCUGAGCCAGCGGAUCCUCCCAGGUCCAGCCCUGUAAUGGACACACGACGGCUGAAAAGAAGGAGGAUCUGGUCGGUACCGUUACCUUCCAGCCUUCCAGCUUUUAUCCUGAACGGAUGCUGAUGGAAACCCACUCAUCUGACUGUAUUUGGCCUCCAACUCAAGACGCUUUCUGUUUCCAGGGUGUAAUGUGUCUCUCCAGUCCAGUUGUGUCUUAAUCUUGUUUGUUUUCUUGUUUUCUCUUCAGACAGAUAAGAUGGAUAUUUGAUACCAAAUAUAACCAUGUAUCUUUAACAUAUGAAUUAACUGUAGUUGUCAACUUAUUUUAAAUGUGGGCGUGUUUUUAUUUCCCAGAGAAAUAUAUUCUAUCAUACAAAGACCUCAUAGUUCCUUCCUGCAGCUCGCAAAAGAGCCUGUUGCUCAACAAGAUGUUUUUUCUGUUAAGUUUUAAGAAAAAAAACAGCAAAUGAAAGUUCUUAAUAGGGAAGUCUUGUAUUUGUAAAGUGAAUUUUUGCUGGUAAUUCCUCCCCAAGAAAAAGUAGGUUUUUGUUUGUAGGUUGCAGGUUGAUGCAGCCCAACGGAGUCAAUGUCAAAGUUUUCUUUUAACAACUGCCUUCAUAUAUAUUCAUGGUCACUACUGUUACCUGAUUAAAGCUUUCAAAGUGAGAUUUAUUCACCUUUCCAUUUUGCAGCAGAUGUUAGAUUAUGGUGCGUGGGUUUGUGUGAGAAUGUGUGUGUCCUCACUUUGACAUUCUGAUCCAACAUAUUUUAUUAACAGAUGAAUUCCUGAUUCCGUCCGAAGUCACUGAUGUAAAAAAAGAAAAGACAAGACAGUGAUGGUGCAGUGUGUGUAGUGUGUGUAGUGUGGUGAUCAAUGCAGUGUUUAUGUGUCACUGUCAUGAAUGAAUGAAUGUGUUGCAAUAAAAGUACAGACAGAAACAAGGUGGAGCACU